GAUCUGUGCGUGUUUGUGCAUCGCUCCUCAUCUCCAUCGCUCUUUAUGAACCAUGAAGGCUCAACUCAAAAGAUCAUCAUUUACAGAGAAAAAUAGGGACCAUAACAAGGGCUCCAUGUUUCCAGCAAUAAGCAAUGGACCACUUUCAGUUAAGGAGGACAAAAAGCGUGUUGCUGAGACGUAUGCAAAUAAUAAAGAUAAAAGUCUGCAUUUACCAGUGAUUCGUGACCGCCACAGAGACAAGGUAAAGCCUUUAAAGACAGUUGGCUUGGAAGAUCUGUUAAACUUUGAAAGGAACAAUCAUGAGGCAUCUACAGAUUCAUUCAUUAAUCAUGUGCAAGUUAAAGGAGACAAUAUGGACAGCGAGACAGACGGGCGUUGUAGUUCUACCCUGAAAAAUAAUGAAAAAAAGGACGGCCAUAAAGAUUUUCUAGAAACAACUUUAAAGAGAGCGUCAGAUUCUCUGAUGCAGGUGAAACUGGGGCCUUCACAAGAUGAAAAGAGGUUCACAGUCUACAUCUGUGGAGGUUAUAAAGACUCGGUGGUAGAAAGAGGUGCUCUCAUGGACAUCGUGUAUCCCAGGUUGUAUCUGUACUGUAAACAGAGAGGCUAUGACUUCAGAAUGAUUGAUCUCCGCUGUGGAGUGGGAAACCCUAUUUCUGAACACCAUGACACUGCACGACUGCACUUAGACACGCUCAAGAAAUGCCAGGAAACCCAAUGCUCUGGCUUUUUUCUGUUUGUUGGUCAAAAAUAUGAAGUCCGCAGUCUUCCCGCUACUAUUCAAAAGGAAGAAUUUGAAGCGAUUAUGCAGCUUCCUUGAGAAAGACAAAGAGCUCAUCUCCAAGAAAAAAACUGUUAAUUUUAC